GUCAGCACGCCCACACCAGGCCUCAACAAUGGCUGCCGCCAAUGUCCCAGUCCCUGGAGAGGUCUCACCUCGCACUGUAGAGCACUCAGAGCGUAUCAGGGCAAAGUGUCUUGAAAGCUUGCUCAGACCAUAUGCAAGGCAGUUUGGAAGUGCCUGAGAUUUAAUGUGUCAAGGAGGAGUACUCAACUGAUGAAUUUCCAAGCUCUUGCAUGGCUCCUGGAAAUUUCACCAGGGUCACUGAAUUUAUUCUCACAGGCGUCUCAGAGCGUCCAGACCUCCAGAUCCCACUCUUCUUUGUGUUCCUGCUCAUCUAUGGACUGACCGUGGCCGGGAACCUGAGCAUCAUCACUCUCACCAGUGUUGACUCUCAACUUCAGACCCCCAUGUACUUUUUCCUCCGACAUUUGGCUGUCAUCAAUCUUGGCAAUUCUACUGUCAUUGCCCCUAAAAUGCUCAUCAAUUUUUUAGUAAAGAAGAAAACCACCUUCUACUAUGAAUGUGCCACCCAACUGGGAGUAUUCUUGGUUUUCAUUGUAGCUGAGGUUUUCAUGUUAGCUGUGAUGGCCUAUGACCGCUAUGUGGCCAUCUGUAAUCCCCUGCUCUACAUGGUGGUGGUGUCUCGGCGGAUCUGCCUUCUGCUGGUGUCCCUCACACACCUCUACAGCUUUUCAGUAGCUGUCGUGGCUUCAUCUUCUGUAUUCUCUGUGUCUUAUUGCUCUUCCAAUGUCAUCAAUCAUUUUUUCUGUGAUAUUGCCCCACUAUUAGCAUUGUCCUGCUCUGAUACCUAUUUUCCAGAAACAGUGGUUUUUAUCCUUGCAGCUACAGAUUUGAUUUUUUCCAUUGUCAUAGUUGCAGCAUCUUAUUUCAACAUUGUUUUGUCCAUUCUAAGGAUACAUUCAUCAGAAGGAAGAAAUAAAGCCUUUUCCACGUGUGCUUCACAUAUGAUGGCAGUCACAGUUUUCUAUGGGACAAUGCUAUUCAUGUAUGUGCAGCCUCAAACUAACCAUUCAAUGGAUACUGAUAAAAUGGCUUCUGUGUUUUACACAGUGGUGAUUCCAAUGUUGAAUCCCAUGAUCUACAGCCUGCGGAAUAAGGACGUGAAGGCUGCCUUAAAGAGAUUUCUGACAAAUUCAUGCCGUUAUUUUAAAUCCAUGUGAACUCUGUAGGUAAAUGAAUAGAAGGUUAAGAUAGGCUGCCGUUAUGUCAGAGAAAGCAAAGAGUAGGCGGCUGACUUAUUUGCUUUACAAGUACAUAAUCCUGGGAAUUAAAAGGGGCUAGGAUUCAGGAAGCAGUGAAUUGAAAAUUAAACUGAAUUUCUAGCCGUUAUGUGGUUAAUAAAGAAACAAAGCAUUAUUCACUAAUUUUGCCAAGAAAUAUGCCGGUAGCUAAAUUGAAAGAAAUAUUUCCAAGAGUCAGGAAGGAUAUAAGUUAAAAAAAAUUAAAUAAGUUACAAUGGAGCAACAAAAUAUGAACAAGAGAAGUCAAUCCAUCUUUCUUAUUCUUUGGCCUCCUCUUCUGCUCCUGUCAAUGCACCUUGAAAACCUGUAUUUACAGUUGCCUAAAAACGUUCUUAAAGCUAAGUUAGCAAAAUUAAACUGACAUAUUUGAAGGAAAACUCCCUCUUUCUUAAUAUCAUUUGAAUAAAAAAUGUACACUACAGAUGAAUUGAUGUUCUGAAA